AUGGACCGUCUGUGCGACGAAAUUCUUCAACUUAUAUUCUACGAAUUGCACGACCCAACCCCAUUUACUUUGCUUUGUCGACGACUGCACCAAUUCUCCAAAGACCCUUACGCUCGGGCGCACUAUUUUCUGAAUCGCUAUGGCCCAGCACAAGCUGUAUUUGAGGCUCUCGGGCACGGCAAGGUCGUUAACGAAAGGGUACUUGAUAUUCUGAUGACCAGCGGCGCACACCUCUCUCGAUACCUCGUUCAAAUUGCAAUUCACCAUUAUUUCUUUACCCAAACUCACUUUGUCAAAUCGAAAUGGGUUCGCAACGUUCCUUUCCCUGUGUUCUUACACUUCAUGCAGCUGGCCUCAACACGUUAUGGAGAAAUACCACGCGAAAAGGGCCAAGACGAUGGCUCCCUCUUCCUGACAUAUCUCAAAGAGAGUCGCUAUCCUCCAAGUCUAAGGUCAAUUAGCUGGGAAACCAUUCGUGACAUAUUGGAAAUUUAUAAAUUCAUACCUUUCAGCGAAAAGGACCCUAUUAUGGCGCAGUUUCCCUUAGUUCUGGCGGUUGAGCCUCGUCUACUUCCGUACGCGGUCACUAAUGGAUUUAACAUGGACGAGAAAUACCGCGACUUCGUGUUCCGAAAAAUGUUUGAAAGUUCGACGUUAAGUGAUAGAACAGCAGAGACCAUUGCCGAUAAUGUACGAGAGCUCUGUCGACUUGAUCCUUCGAUGUUUUUAAGUCGAACGGUUGCUGGGGAAAUUUGUAUGGAGGCCAGGCAUAAUGAAGUAGGCUACAGCGCAUUGAAGCUGCUUGCUAACUCCGGUGAUCUGCUUUUUGAAUUACCAACCCUUGUGGAAGAUCUCAUCAAGCUCUUCUUGAAUACUCGUUCUUUAACGUUAUCAAGUACCCAAGUGAACCUUCGAUAUCUCUUCGCGGACUUCCCUUCCUCCGACCCAGUCGUCCGAUUGGUCAUACUAUUGACGGCAUUUCUGUCCGUCGAGCGGGAGCCUGAUACACCCUCUUGUGUACCUUCGCUGAAAGCAAAGCUAGAACCGCUGAAACUCGGGCCCAUAACAUCGACGGAUAUGCUCAACAUACUUGUCCAUCCUUUUACGGACCGAUAUCAGCCUGUUCUCGAUUAUAUGAAGAGCGAGCUGGCAAAUUCGGAAGGGAAAAAAGGCUUGAAUCAGGUUGAUAUAAAGGAUGUCAUUCGCAACGUCUCCACGCGGCUGCUAGAGCUUGAUUGCAAGGGUAAACUGCUGAAAAAACUUUACGAUGGACAUUCGAGCGUUCAUGAAACUAUUGUUCGGGCCGUUAUGGACAAACACCAAGUGAAAUUCGACAACCUACCGAGCUCUGAAGAUACCGAAGCUUGUAGAUCCUACCGGGCCAGUCUUUGUAGAGAUAAUGGCUUUUUCGGCAAUACCUCAGAUUACUUUGUUGUUGAAAAUCCUUCGAACGGUGAAACUGAGUUGGAGACCAUAAGCGACAUGUGCAAAGGGAGCAGCAGUGUGGAUAACUUGGAAUUAGGCCCCAUUGGAAGAGAGGCAUUGACAACGAUGAUUAAUCGCGAAGAGCAGUUUCCCGCAAGAUCUCGUCGUAGAGCAUACAAUCAUCAAUACACCUUUUACAAUCAUUUCGAAUAUCUUCCAUCAGAUUAUCUCUCCGUCGCGAAAUGGAUCAAAAAUAGUUUUGGACCCAAGCAUCCCCUGACUGCGAUUUUCAUGACGCAUGCCGUGUUAAAUGAUAACAGCAACAUCCUCGUUCACUAUUUGCGCGAUCCUGCUACUUCUCCUGUUCCUAUCACGUUGAAACAUUUCCAGCUUUUAGCCCAUCUAGGACGAGCUGCGGUACGUCAAUCUUGCAUUGCGCAUAUUCGCAACUAUACUUUGUUCGCAGCUAUACAAAGUGGUGCCGAGUUCUUCCACAGCGAAGAAGACUACGUCGAUUCCAAAUUGGAUUAUUCUUCACGGAAUAAUAAAAGCAAACACAGGACCCCACGAGGCAGUAUCUCGCAUACCCAGGUCUCUGUAGUUAUUGGUCGUACAGCUAGUACUCUCAUACCUGCAGACUCUGGGACCGCUAUAGCAGGAAAGAAACGGCCGCGACGGAGUGCUGCAGAGAAUCGUUCCUAUCUCAUUCCGGAUUCUGACAGUGAGGCGGAAAUCAUGGAGGUUGAUUUGCCAGAAGAAAAAGCUAAUUUGACGUUGGUUCAUCACUUGGAACUCUGGAUCAAACAUUUAGGGGAUUUACAGAAAAGCGAACAGGCCAAUUUACGAGAACGAAAAAAGAAAGAUAACUCGAACGUUGAUGUGACUAAGACUGAAUUUCUCAAAAAUCUUUCCACAAACCUUCGCGCGUUACGGAAGUACGCAAAUGAAAAACGGAAGACCUCCGAGACCUUUGAUAUGCUUUACAGCGAUUAUGAGGAUGAGGAGUACAUCUACAAGUCACCUCGCUCCAAGAGGAGAAAACUCAUUGUAUAUUAG